AUGGCUGACGCAAAUCCAGACGCGGAGUUGGGAUCAGCUUUGGAAACUCUAGUUUUAGAAGAAAAAUCGCCCCAACAGGCGGCCGGGAAACCCCGAAAGAAACGCCCCCCGAAGAAAGAUUUGACCCCUAAACAACAAGUGCCGAAAAGCCCCACCCGACCACGACCUGGAGCUCAACAACCGCUACGCGUGGCAGCGAGCGAUGCGGGACUUUCCUUGUCGGAUCCGGGAAAUCUCCACCCGAAACGCAAAACGAACUCGGCAAGGAACAAGUCGAGCGGGAAUUGUGGUCAGCACAAUCAGCCCGGAUCCGGCGUACACAGAAGGAAGAGCGAUACUUGCGGAAACAGAGACUCCAUGCGCUCCCCACUGCCACCUCAUCUCAAGUACCAGCAUCAGGUGCACAAAUGUUCAUGGUCGGAUGCGGGAAGUGUGAGCAGUCGCUCGUCCACGGACCUCUUGUCCUCACCUGGACCGUCGAGGGCUGUUCAAGCUCAACCUCAUUCAUUCUCCUACUCUGUGCCAACGACACCGAAUCAGAGGAGCCGCCGGGGCCAGGGCAACGAUUUCCACCCGUUCGACGCUUUCCUCCCGCUCUGUGAAAUCCAAGCUGGAUUGAAAAAAGGGGAGUUCUUCGAGGGAACUCUACGCGUGAACCCACGGUGUUUCGAGGACUCUUUCAUAUCAGCACCGGUAAUCACUGCAUCAUUUGACGGAGAGCCCGGGCCUCACUGGGAUAUACAUAUAGAAGGCCGACUUAGCAGAAACCGUGCGCUUAACGGUGAUAAAGUCGCGGUUGCCCUGUUGCCCAAGGAAGAGUGGAAGGUCCAUUGGGACGUCAUCUCCUCCUGGGAGAAGAAGAACGGUCUCUCCCUCCUGGAAAGUCUGCAGAGGGAUGCGAAUGCUGGCUCAAAAUGUGAAAACGACUCGAAAGGGCCGAUCCCAGCAGCUUUGGAAGUAAUCAAAGAAGAGAUCCCAACGGAAACAUCCUCAGACGAAGGAGACUCCUCGAGUGAAAGGUUGAUGGGCGAUACUGGUGAUUGCGGCCCGAGCGACGAGCAGAAGCCGUUCUCGGAGAAUUUUCCCGAAACCUGCGAACGCGUAUGGGAUGAGCACAGAAGGCAGGCUGAGGCGACGAAGGGCGAGGAUGCAUUGCAAGAGCCCAGGCUCGACAAUGAAGCCAAGUCAGACUCGUCGGUAGAUUGGGGCAAAUUCACGUCGUCGGAAGACGUUAUAGUUUUCAGGGGUAUUAAGAAAUUGGAACGCAUGCGAGAGGUUGUCAGACAGUGUGAGUCAGACCGUCUCCGAGAUGACUUCACGUUUGCUGGGGACUACGAGUACGUGGACUUGCACGACACCGAGGACGACGGUCCGGAGUUGCAAUUCACGGCUCGGGAACUCGAGUCGAGCCUCCCGGGCUUCUCGGGCGGAGCCCUACUCUCUGACGAGCUGGACGAACCGACCACCGAGGAAUCGACAGGCCAUGACGACUACGACAGCGAUGAAAGUCACGGAGAUCUCGCCGAAAGUCUUCACUUUGCCUCGAAUCAGGUGCAGGAGCGAACCGAAGUUCCAACUCGCAAGGAGGUUCCUUCGAAAAUACCCGAUGCAAGCACGACAUCUUCAGACGAGUGCCAUAUUCGAUUGAAGGACGCAAAAGACGCGGCGGCAACGCCACCGUCCGAGAAUCGUGCGAAGAAGAGGGAUACCGACAGCAAGUCGAAGGCCGUGGAGCAAAAAACGUGGAAGCAGACUCGUCAGAAGAAAAAGCGGCCCAUCGAGGAAAAACCUUCGCAAGAGAAGCAAUGGUCGACCGAGAUCGCCUCCGAAGAAACUUCCGAACACAAAGAAGAAACUCAAGACGACGAACCCAAGACCAAUACGAAGAGACGGAAGAAUAGGAAGAAGAAACCUGGGCUCGUCCAAAGGUUCAACAUCACGCCGGAAGAUCUCGGUUUUCGAUCUAUUAUCACUGAAAAAGAAAAUCGGCCUGACCCCGACGAAGACUACAGAGGUUUCACCGAGGUCACUACCGACAAUGCGGCAUCGCUAGGUGUUCUCGGCGCGAUGGUCGGCCCGUCCAAGAAGUCGAGGCAAACUCAUCAACAGCAAGCUCAGCCUCGAAGACCACGGAAAGAUCUCAAGGAUCCCCAGAGGUCUCCCAGAUCGCACAAGGAGAAGCCCCGGGGCAGCCCUCGGCACAGAAGGUCUGAACCUCCCAAUGAAGCUACGAAGCUAGAUCAACAGGAUCUCCGUCCAUACCACAUCGACGAUGUUCUGGCGCAUCCCGAGUGGCCCCAAUUCGUCCAGCGCAAAGCUAGAGUAGUAGCGGUUCUCGAGGCAUCAGCCCCGAGGGUUGUCUGCGGAACUUUGAAGACGUUCAACGAAAAUAAUGUCAAAUCACUGCUCUUCUCCCCUACGGACCCUCGCUUUCCUCGGAUGUGCAUUCCCGCUGCCGAAUGUCCCAAAGAUUUGAUCAAGCGGCCCAAACAUUUUGAGGACACUUUGUUCUGCGCUCAACUGGAAGAUUGGGACGCACAAGAAGUUCUUCCCAAGGGUAAACUGUUGAAAAUCGUGGGCAAAAAAGGAGAAAUCGAAGCCGAAACCACGGCCAUCCUCAGUAAUAAUGGCAUCGACGACGACUGCAUCGACGAUGAUGUAUUGAGAAACAUGGAUGUUUCUCCGAAUUGGAAAAUACCCGCUGAGGAACUCGAGAGCCGGAAGGAUUAUCGAAAAGAACUGGUGUUCACGAUCGAUCCAAUGUCAGCUCGGGACUUGGAUGACGCUCUUUCUGUCAAGAAAAUCGCCGACGACUUAUACGAGGUCGGAAUCCACAUAGCGGACGUAAGCUAUUUCGUCAAACGUAACACUCCUCUGGACUCGAAAGCGCAGUCCAGAGCCACUUCGGUCUAUCUCGUUCAGAGGGUAGUUCCGAUGCUUCCAAGAUUGUUGUGCAAUAAUCUGUGUUCGCUCCAUCCCGGCGCUGACAAGCUGACAUUCUCAGUGGUCUUCAAAAUGAACUCUCAGGGCGAGGUGUUCGAGGAAUGGUUCGGCAGGACAAUAAUAAAUAGCUGCUGUAAAAUGUCUUAUGAACUCGCACAAGAUAUCAUUGAUGACCCUAAACGUACCUGGACCCCGGAGGAAUUGCCUCCUAUUUUCAAUGGCCAUUCAAUUGGUCGGAUCUCGGAAGCUCUAGUCGUUUUGCAAGAUAUGGCCACACAUAUGAGGAAACGACGUUUCGAUGAAGGUGCACUCCGCAUCGAUCAGCUAAAACUGUGUUUCCAAUUGGCCGGGAACGGUGUGCCGCAAGGAUUUUCCGUGUACCAACACACCGCGAGUCAUCGCUUAAUCGAAGAAUUCAUGCUACUGGCAAACAUGGCGGUGGCUCGCAAGAUCCGGCGGGAGUUCCCUGCUUUGGCAUUCUUGCGCAGACAUUCACAUCCCGACGAAAGGCGCAUAAAUAUCAUAGCUAAAGAAUUUGAAGCCUUGGGAAUCAGAAUAGACGGCUUCGAUGCCAAAAGUAUGCAAAGUGGUCUCGACACUCUCAAGAAUCAAAUGUUCAAGCUGGAGGUUGCGGAAAACAUCGCAGAAUCGCUUCGAGUUUCUGAAUGCGAAGCUCGGGAACUUCUUCUGCGUGCGUUUGCUGUGAUUCUUUCGAAACCGUUCAGCCCCGCUCAAUACGUUGUUGCGAAAAACCACACUCAACCUAUACGUCGAGGAUGGUCCUCGACGGCACGAAAAAAUCGAGUGAAAGAAGACUCAUGAGAAUCUGUCCACAGACAUUUUGCGUUGGCGGUGCCGUUGUAUACGCACUUCACCUCACCGAUUCGACGGUAUGCAGAUCUCGUUGUUCACCGUCUUCUAGCUCAAUCAUUGGGCUACGAAGUUCGAGAGAGCGAUGAACGCGUAAGUUGUCCGCAUCACCAGGCGAGUGAGCUGAGAAAAAUAGCAUCUCGAUGCAACGAGAGAAAACGAGCUGCCAAAUGCGCGGAAGUUGCUAGCAUAGAGCUAUUCGUGUGGAAUUUCGUGAGAUCCCUGACUGAAAGUCGGUUGAGCGACGAUUUCAUUGUAGUCGGCGUACUCGACCGCUCGGUUGAUGUGGUUUCCCUGAGAACCGGCAUUGUGCAACGAGCCUACAAGGAUAAACAGCGUUGCGUUUCUUCGGUUUUCGAAGAAGACAGCCUCACCUUCCGCUGGAAAGGAGUGGAGGGCGGUCUCGUUGACCUGCGACUGAAAAUGGCUAGUGCCGUGAAAGGAUCUCUGGAGGCCCGGAAAGAGACUUGUCAAUAUAUUGUGAGACUUGAACCACCUGUUGGUGCUAUCCUCGAGUGAGUUGAUCGUCAUCUCUCUUGGAACCAAAGUCAGCUUGAUGAUGUUAGUGAGGGGAAUAAUCAUCUUCAAUAUCGCACCUCGUGAAUCUUCCAGGUCUGAGGCUUCAGCUCAACACUCUGAGAUGUAGAAUUCAGACUGAACUCAGAUUGAAUUUGAAGUACUUGAAUGUGAUACACACUUGCUCGACGGAUUCCAUCCGAAUAGCCGAAUGAGAAUCGAAUAAAGAUUAUCGCA